UAUCGGCGACGAACUAAGAAUCUCUUUAGUAGAAGAAUACGCGAAUUAGAAGAAGCUAUCCGACGGAGAGAUUUACCAGUAAUCUACGAGAUAGCCGAACUUACUCGCCGUCUCGGGUUUAAGUCUACGGAUAUCGAUAGUCCUCGCGAUAAAAAUAUUUCUCUUCCGGAAUUAAAUAUCGAGAUAGCUCCGAUCGAUUUAGCGAUAGCUUCUCUAUAUAGUUCCUAUUAUAGUACUAGCCCUAGAGAUAUAGAUACUACUAGUAAUUAUACGAGAAUCUCCUUUGAAGUAAAUAUACCUAAACAAAAUUCACUAGUACCGGCCUCUAGUAACGAGCCCGCGGCACCUAUAUACGCGGAUAUCGAGCACCUAAGUUCUGCUCUAAACGUUACUAGUCACGAUCUAUCGCCAGUUUCCCGCCGUAAAGGGCAGCUAGAACCUAUAGUAAAGCACCCGGAUCAGAGGAGACCGAGUUCCCGGGAUAUUAUUAGAAACCUCUCUACUCACGCCUCUUCUACUAAUAAAUCUAGGGCUAGAGAAGCGGGCUCGUCUCAACCAUAG